AUGACCACUCCGGAGAAGACGUCGGUGAACACGAUCGAGGCUGGCGAGCCCAGUCUCCCGCCGCCCUCUAUACUGCCCUCCACCACCACCAUGGCGGCCGGCGCCAAGCGACCUGCAACUGCACUUUUGCCCGCCUUCGAGCCUCUCUCUUCCUCGCCCGGUUUGCCACGUCCUCUCAAGAGGCAGGCUCUUGAUGUCGCUUUUGGUUCCGCCGUGCACAAGUAUCCUACCCCGGUCCCGACUUCCAGCACGGGCAUCCUCUCGUCCUCUCCACCACGCGUCCAGAGGCCGGCCCUGACACGCGCCCCCUCUGGCGUGUCAGAAAGAGCACCACUCUCUGCCGUGCCCACGGUAGAACUCAACGAAAAUGGCGAGGAAUUGCUCAUGGGCCGUUCUAGUAAUUCGUCUCAUUACCAGCUCUCAGCUAGCCGCAUCAUCUCGCGUGUCCACGUCAGGGCGCGGUAUAUCCCGGCCACUGAGCCCCUCGAACGCGACCAGGUGGAGAUCAAGUGCACUGGCUGGAAUGGCCUCAAGUUGCACUGCCAGGGCAAAACUUGGGAGCUUCGCAAGGGCGACACCUUUACGUCUGAGACGGAAGAUGCCGAAAUCAUGCUCGACGUGCAAGACGCGCGCGUCAUGGUGCAAUGGCCCAAAAGGGACCGCCACGAAUCUUUGACCAAUUUGUCCGACUCGUCUUGGGAAGAGUCACCGCGUUCCCGACCUCAGCACAACGCGAAUCUAUUAUCAUCGAGCCCUCUUCGGCGACAGACGCGUGUCCAAUCGCCAGAAUCGCCCACGCCUGGCAUCAAAUCAGCAGCGGCUUCCUCGUCUAGUUUGAACGCAAUCCUGGCCACUGACAACGCCAAUGACCAAGUAGAGAUCUAUGAGGACCCAGAGGAAGGCGAGCAUGAAGAAUCCAAGGACGAUCACGACUUGGACUUUUCCUUUGCCCCCACCGAGUUGACCAGUAAUAGCUUUUCAAGCGACCUUAGUGAGCCAGAUGACGAAAACUAUCCCAACGAGGAGAAUGACCCUAUCGUGCAUUCGUUCGGCCCCUUUGGUGCCAACCUGUCUGGCCGUCUGGCCUCCAUUACUUCCGAGUCGUCGCGUCACCCUUUGCCACAACCAUCCCGCGUUUCGGCUGAUACGACACCCGUGCCAGAGGAGCGGCCGCUUCCUGAACAUCUCGACGUUGCCGCCAUUACCAACCAUGUAGUAAAUCAGCUCGCCUACUCGCGCCUAUCCUCCAACCCAUUGUCGGGCAUUCUGAACAACCUUCCUGCUGAGGAGAAGAAGGGAUUACUGAAGAAGGAUCUGCGCAGGAUCAUUGAGUCGACCGAGUGCAUUGGUACCAUUGCUCGCCACGGGAAAGAUGCAGCAGGCAAGCAACUGGAGAGCGAGUACUACUAUGUUCCUGAGAAGGACAAUGACGACUCUCGGCGUCUGGCUGUCACUGACGGACUGAGAAAGCCCAGUCUCCGGGCUUGCAGAAAGCAACACAAGCAAUACUUUUGGAAGCGACCCAAGACUCCUUGA